UUUAUUCUAGUUUUAAUGUCCGAAACAGAGAAUUUUGCCUGAAGGUAACAAGGUUACUAACAAAAAAGUAGUUAUCGAUAAAUUAGAUAUUUAGACGUUAUUUUUCAUGCUGGCAUUUUAGCUGGGGCAUCAAUGAUGACUAACAUUCUAGGAUGUAAAAAAGACAGGGGGAAUCUUAUUGCCAGUGGUAGAUGAUUAAAAUAUCUUGAUAUAAAACAAACUUUUAAAAUGUCUGUUUUGUCAUAUCAUCUGAGCAGAUCAAUAAAAUGGGGCAGCUUGAAAAGUAUAUAUGAAUCUACAAGUUUAUCAAAGAGGAGCUACUCGUAUUUGACUGUGAGAAAAGAGUUGGCCAUUAGAAGAUCCGCUGGCGUCAACUGUCAUCCAGUAUUUACAGUAUCUAAGAGAAGUUUAAGGAAACACUUGGCAGCCUUGGGAGGUUUCGGUACGUCACAUUUGAAACCACAACAUGCUAAAGACGAUAUAAGCGCAACCUUCCAGUUUGUGUAUGGUAGUUCAAACACUAGGUUAUUUAUAUAUUGGACACCGGCGAUAUUUAUUGCAAUAACGGUGAUUCUAAUAAUAUGCGGGAAAACGAUUUACGAAGGGCAUAUGCUAGAGAAAGAGAUAUCCGAUUAUGAACUUACACGUUUUCAGGCUAUUGUAGAUAAACUAAACCCAAUGGAAGUUGCUUACUUUUUAACACCAGUAACUUUACUGUUACUGUUCACUGUAUGCCGGUAUGUAGGUACAGUUCUUUUAAGAAUGUAUUUCAACUCAUCUACCAAUGAAUUUGUAGCAGUUAUAUUAAGAUAUGGUCUUUUCAAGAAGAAAGUGCACUUUAGGCAUGAUGACGUUAUAUUUUUAAAAAAGUUUGGCUUGAAAGGAAAUGUGAUAAUUAAAGGAAAUCAUGUAAAUGUUGCUGAAAGUAACUUUGUAAACACAUCUGUGUAUAAUAUAUUUAUGGGUUACAAAAUUGACAAACCCAGUGAAUAUAAAGCCCAGAUGGAGAAAGAAGAUAUAGUAAAAGUAUUGGAAGAAAUGGCUAAACGGAAAGAAAAGCAAGACUUAAAAGAUUUUGCUAAAAAGUAUGAAGAAAAAAGAAAAAGAAGGGCACUUAAAAAGAUAAAUGAAAAUUGAAACAAUUGUCACUGUUAACUUUUUCUUCUAUAGUUUUUGAAACUAAUAAAGAUUUAGUAUUAAUAAAGUUUUUUGUUUAAUAUAAUAUUAUGUAUUAUGAAAUAAAUUUUUGCAAAAUUGCAAAAUAAAACUUUCCUAUGAUGAUGA